AUGUUGUUGGUUUCGCUGUUGAGCUUGGUGGCCGUCUCUUUCGCGAUGGAGAUCACGCGAAGGCCCCUGCGAACAAGUGAGCCUUAACUCAAAAGUUCGAUUUUUUUUCAAACCUGUUGAAUUUUCAGACGACCUCGAAUUGGGCCCCGAGUUCGGAUUGCCUCUGGCGUCCGAGGAGCUGAUCCGAGAGGCUGACCGGCUCAGCAAACGAGGUAUCACUUUCUUCUGAGAACGAAAGUAACUUGAAAAUAAUCUCACAAAUUAUGAUUUUCUAAGCAGUAUUAUCUAAAAAAAUAUAAAUUCUGUUGAAAGCGCGCAAGUCUCGAACUCAAUCAGUUUACUAAGAGGGAUUGGUUUUCGUAUUAAUUUUUUUUUUUGGAUAGAUAAGGUAAAAAAAAAGUUUCACUCUCAGGAGGUAAUACUGAGCUAGAAAAUUUUAAGAGAAAAGUUGGGCGACCUUAAAAAAAUGGACUGCGUAUGUAUUUCUGUAGCUUCACGUUUAUUGCACAGAUAAUCAAAGAGGUUGAGUGAACGGUCAUGUCUUUUGCUACGAAGUUUGGUGAAAGUGAUUGAAGAAAAUGGUUUGAGGCGUGGAUCCGAUGAGUAUCCCACGGCUGGUGAAGGAGCCGCCGUUGAAGAAGCGGAGCGACCUGUCGGAGAAGCGCGGCGACGCCGCCGUCUAUCCGUCCGCCAGCAAACACACCGUCCCGCUGAUCCGCAUCCGAGAACCGCCUCUGAAGCGACAGUCGUGUGAGUUCUUUCUCAGGAACUCUCAUGCUGGCCAGGUGUCUCAACGGGUUUACCCGUAUUAAACCCGUGUUUUUGAAUCUCAGUUGUGCUUGGUGUAUGAAAAACGACGGGUGUAAGAAGAAAUAGGUGACCCAGCUGUAUUUAUUUCGAAAAUCUGUAACCCAACUGUGCUAAAGCUGUGCAUCAGCUAUUAUAAAAAUUGCCAAAAUUUCUACCCUCUGGGCCUACAUGAGUUUAAUACGGGGACACCCGCUGAGUUAGCACGACUGGGCUACCCUCAUAAGCAUGAGAGAAAGGCCAGGUGAAAGGAGCAAAGUCCUGACGAAAAUUCUUUUUUAUUAACAUUCAUUUCAAAAACAUCGUUGUUAAUCCAGGGACGUUCUUAUUCUUCGUUAGAAGAACUAUAUGGUUUAAGGGGAAUUGUGAAAAAAACUAAAAUUCUAUAAAUUUGUCUGGAAAAUCUAUCGUUUGCAGUAACACUACACGAUUUGGCACAAGAAGUUUCUUCGAAGGAGGACGCCUAUAAGUAUCUCCAAAAAAGAUUCUCCGCGCCUUAUUCCCGGUUCAGGUUUGUUCUAAACCUGUUGGAAAGAAAAAAAGAAGAUUAUAUUCAGGUAUAGAACGCUUCGGGAGCCCACGUAUGUUGACUGGUAA